AUGAGCAGCAAUUAUGAUUCUCCCAAAAGUGAGGAAGCAAUUUCAGAACAAGAAGAGGCUUUUCUGAAUUUUUUAAGAGUAGCGACAGAACCCUUUACGCGAGUUUUGGAAGCAUGGGAAGCUACAUUCAAACAAAGGAAGAAGAUCUAUUUAAAUGUAAGUUUGGUGAAGCUUUCAAAUGAUUUCCCUUACCUUAAGCUGAAUAACGGCAUUGAACUGAUCCGCACCAUGACGAUGUCCGAUAGAACGAAAAAAAUUAUGGCGUUAGCAUUGGGAGGGAGAGGAAAAAGUGAAAAUGAAUUUAAAGACAGUGACACAAAUAGAACAAAAAACAAUAGUGAAUUGGCAUUGGGAGGGGAAGAAGAAAGUGCAAACCAACUUAUGGAAAGUGACACAAAUGGAACAAAAAACAAUAUUGAAUUGGGAGGGCAAGAAGAAAGUGCAAAGAAAUUUAUAGAAAGUGACACAAUUGGAACAAAAAACAAUAUUGAAUUGGCAUUGGGAGGGCAAGAAGAAAGUGCAAACAAACUUAUAGAAAGUGACACAAAUGGAACAAAAAACAAUAUUGAAUUGGGAGGGCAAGAAGAAAGUGCAAAGAAAUUUAUAGAAAGUGACACAAUUGGAACAAAAAAUAAUAUUGAAUUGGGAGGGCAAGAAGAAAGUGCAAAGAAAUUUAUAGAAAGUGACACAAUUGGAACAAAAAACAAUAUUGAAUUGGCAUUGGGAGGGCAAGAAGAAAGUGCAAACAAAUUUAUAGAAAAAAACCAAAGCGGUAUUAUUUUCGAGCCUUCUUCUCAUAAUAAUGUACCUACAGUGCCUGUAAAUGAAGUUACUAAUAAGUUACAGCCAGUUAAUAACAUUUUUGAGGAACCUGGAGUAAGGUCAUCUUCUGAGUCCAGCACUGAUGGUUCAGAAUUUAUUCCUGAAGAAGAAAUGAAUGCUAUUAAUUCAGACACAAGCCUAGAAUCAGAGACCAAUACUGAAGAAAGCGACAAGAACGAAGAAACAGUUAUUGACGAGUGUCGUACUUAUGGCAUAAGAAAACGGAAAAAGGUUAAUAAAAGGCAGACACAAAAGGUAAAACGAAACAGAGGUGAAAAAUAUGUGACAUCCAAAGGAUUAGAGAAAAAAGAGAGACAAGUUAAGUCGCACACUUGCUUGAUAGGGAAGUGUCCGAAUAAGUGCAGAGACUUUGAUGAAGAAACCAGAGCAAGCUUAUUUAAAACUUUUUGGGCUUUACCUUACCAGGGACAACGCGACUUUAUUGCAUCUAAUAUAACGGUUCGAGAGGUGAAAAGACGCCGUGUUGGCAACGCAGAAAGUAGAAAAGACUUUACAAGAGGCUACUAUUUACUUUUAUUGAAUGAAAGAGUAAAAGUUUGCCGAAAAUUUUUCAUGAAUACUCUGGACGUUACUGAUAAGCUUCUUCGGUAUACAGAACUUCACCGGAAUGAAAUAGUCUCAAUGUCUCAAGUACAAGUAGAUCGGAGAGGUAGACACCCACCUAAAAAUAAAACUGCAGCUAAUGUAAGGACUGAUGUUAUUAACUUUAUCAAAAUGCUACCGGCUGUACCCUCUCAUUAUUGUCGGAAACAGAGCACAAGGAAGUAUUUGCCAAGCGAAUUAAAAAAUGUAACAAAUUUGCACAGAUUAUACAAAACAUAUCAAGAAAAGGAAAAUAAAACAUUCGUUAGUUUAGCUGUUUUCAAAAAAAAUUUUCACGAUGAAUUUAAUAUGACUUUUCAUGUACCUAGGAAAGACAAGUCUGUUUUAUGUGAGCAGUUUAACAGACUUAUAGGCCCUCAUUCGGAGGAUGAAACAGAGAAGUUUACAGGCCAUAUUUUAGAAAAGGAACAGAUGAAGAUAAAAUUUCUGGAGGACCAAGGAUUGUCGAAUUCCAAAGAAAAUAAUAAUUGUCUUCUCUGUACAUCAUUCGACUUGCAGAAAGUUCUGGGAACACCACACGUUGACAAUUUUUUAAUUGGAUUCACAAGUAGAUACGCAGUCUAUAAUUUAACAUUUUACGAAAGUGGUACCCGCAACGUUGAGUGUUUUCUCUGGGAAGAGUCCCAAGGAAAAAAAGGGGCAAAUGAAGUAUGCUCAAUUGUUAUUAAAUAUCUGGAAUCUGUGGAUGCUAGAGGUGGCAUAACUGAAAUAUUGCUCUACUGUGAUAAUUGUUCUGGACAAAACAAGAACUACCAAAUGAUGAGCGCUCUUAAUUGGUUUUUAAAAAAGUCAAUAAAUGUUAAAAAAAUAGUACUUAAUGUUCUACUUCCAGGGCAUAGCUAUAUGCCAGUCGACUCCGUCCACGGGACAAUAGAAAACAGUAUUCGAAACAAAGUUGUUUGGGCUCCUUCGGAAUGGUCAACAAUAAUCAGAAACGCUAGAGUAAAAUAUACACCUUAUAAGGUACACACACUCAAUUAUAAAGACUUUCUUGACUGGAAAACACUACAAAUGAAGACAUUUACGAAUAAUUUAAGAAAAGAAGAUGGAUCCACCAUCAAACUUAGGGAUGUACGUCUAAUUAUGUUUGAAAAAGAGGAUCCUAAUUAUAUUCAUGUGUCUACGUCAUCCUUCCGGAACGAAAUGUCUAAAAUAGCCAUAAAAAAAGAGACGAGAACCUCUGUUAACCACAACAUAACCAUUGGAAAAGCUUAUAAUGCGAGACUACCUAUAGCCACAGAGAAGUAUCAAGGACUGAAAAAUUUAUGCACAAAAAAUGUAAUUCCAAUAGAGUAUCAACACCAAUAUUUAACUCUACCAACCAAACCAACAGUACCUCAUUGUCUAAUGGAGACAGAUGAAGAAGACGAGGUUCUAGGUGACAAGGAAUAA